UUGUUGUGUGAGGCUGAGGUGUGACAUUUGUUGUGUUUUCGUUCUUUCAUCGUUUGGGUAUGAUGAAAAUGAAGAUAUUUAAUUAAUUUCUUUGUAUUAUUUUGAUACUUAACUAAAAGAAAGGCUUUUUAUCCACAUGACAAUCAAACACUUCAAUUGAAUAUUAAUAUAACUUGGUAAUAUGCCAUUUCUCUAAUUUACUGCACAAAAUAUACUGAAUUUUGUUUCGUUGACUUCUGACCCACGACAGGUGGCACUGAUAAAUAUCUACCGCCGCAAUCUCAUGUUGACUAAAUUUCAGGCCAACAUAUUUAUUGCUUGGAAGGGAACUUUAAUACCAUUAACAAAAACACCAAUGAAACCAAUAAUUACGGAAAAAUGGCUCUUGAAAACAAGAUGAAAGAUGAAGAACUAAAGUAUCUGCUGCGCCUUCUUGAUGAACUUAAUGAAGAAAUUUUUGAGGAAAUACUUCAAGUUUACUAUGACAUUGAAGAAUGUAAAGAACCAAAGGAGUUGACAGACCAAGUGUACCAGUUCCUGAAAGUCAAUCUCAAAAGCAACCCAGUUACAACUUCUGCACUUAUCAAUUUUAUACAAGCCAAUUUCCCAAAUGUUCUUAAUCCAGACAAAAUUCAAUCAAUUUAUUUAGAUAUCUUAAAAAUAGAACUCAAAGAAAAUAACUGUUCUGAUAAACUCAUAACAUUGCUGUCAUUAGUAAGAUGGGAUGACAAUUAUUUGCCACAGUUUUCCCAAGAAAUUUUAACACCAUUGACAGAUGACGGCUUUAGACAAUUUAGGAAACAAAUACUCAUUAGCCUUAUACUCCAUAAAAGACCUGAGCUUCUCAGUGUUGUGUCGGAUGAGAUGCAGAAAAAUGAACCACACAAGGAAUUUAAAUUGACACCUGAGUAUAUGCUGGAGCUCUGUUACCAAGAUAAAACACAUUGGCUGUUGAAGGCAGCUCAAGUUUAUAAACAUCAGCUACAUGACAUGAAAACUGUUACAUUCAAAAUUAAUAAUUUUACAAAACAAAUACUGAUCAUGGUUCUUAUUGAUCUAACCAAUAGUGCUGAAACAUAUGACUUGCCAUCUCUUAUCCACCAGCUCACUAACAUCUUCUCGAUACUAGACACUUACACUACAGCUGAUGAAAAUUUGCACUUUUAUUUGACUGAAGUGAAAAGAGAACUAACAAUCAUCAAAUUUUGUCUUGAAAACAACAGCAAAAUUAUGACCACCUCAAUAUUCAGUCAAAUAUUAGCACAAAGUGCUUUAGCUGUCAUAUCUCAAGUGUGUAGACUAUCCAAAAUAGACCGAUAUAAAGUAUCGAGACUUCUGAAUACAAAUAAUGAAUUUGUGAAAGAACUAAUGAUGCUACAAAACAAAAGGAACUCAAAAGCUGAGGUUGAAAAUAAAAUGAAUUGGGAAGUUGUGACAUACAACAGUUACUGUGCAAUAACAAAGGUAAUAGAUACUGUAUUAAGUUUAUCAGAAGGAGCCGACGAGUCCCAGGACACUUCAUCCUCUUUGGAUGAAAUUAAGCGUCUUGUGUUGUCAAUUCAUCCUAUAGAAUAUUGUGUGGAAACUAUUGAGAAUAUUUUCGCCUGUUUGUUUUUGAGAUUCGAAUACUUCUCUUGUCACGAACACAACCAAGAAUAUCCAUGUGGCACUCACUCUGAAUGUUCAUAUUUUUAUUCAAAAAAGCAAACUACAAGCCCUAACAAUAUUAAGAGUAACAGUUCAGGUUUUAUGUGCAAUUCAUUGACUACACAACUUGUGUUGAAUACCUUGAAGUUGUGUUUGGAAAAGUUGGAAGAUAGCGCAGGGGAAGAUAUGAAUCAGAAUGUACUGUCGAGGUUAACUCAUAUGGUGAAAGUGGUAAAUAAUUCUAUCUGGAAGCUGCAGCUUGUCUCAACUUUGUCGCCGGACCCCAGUCCUGUGCAGUUGAAGUUAUGUUUGGACUAUGUGGAAGUGGACGAGAGCAGUGAGGAUGAUGAACGGGAACUUGAGCUGAAGGCUUCAAGAAAAAAACCUAAGCCUAGGAGGAGACAUACAAAUAAUAAGAGUGAAGAUCACAUGCUAGCCUCUACAAUUUCAGCCAAUGAUGAUGCAGUUUUAUCCACAAAAGGGAAUGUUAUUGACUUUAUAUCAAUAAUGCUAGCGAAACCAAACUGUUUAGUGGCACUGGCAUUAUACAGCAAUGAUUUUUCUAAAGCCAAUCAAAUAUUAGAGAUGUUCGAUCUUGCCGAUUCUGAAAUCGCAACCGAAGUUACUUUUACGGAACAGCUACGCCACCUGGUGACCAAAAUAAAGAACAUCAUAUACUACAGAGACGACACUCGAUACCCGACUAAAGAAUUGUCAGCUCUAUCAGUUAUCUCAACUGAAGUCAUGGGUCUCGUUGAAGGCUUUCUAGCUUCCAACAGAUCCCCAAAUUCCUUCGACAUCAUCGAUUUAGCCUCUCGCCAUCCCCACCUCCAGUUGUACAAUCAUCAAAAUGCGCCUUUUAUUAACGCAGUAGAUAUUCUAUUAAGCAGUGGUCUCAAUAGAGAGAUCACUUACGGCUUGAUAAACGUGGUAGAAAGAAAACUGGCAGAAGUCAGGAGCAGUACAGAUAUAGCUGCGGUGAAGAAAACUAAUUACAUCCGUUUUGUUGAAGACAUAGCGAGCGUCACCUUUGAAAUAUUUGGCAACACUGAGAAGUCCUUUGACUUUGCCGACAACAUCUGCGGCCUCAUCGCCGACUGCCGCGUACCCAUCAAACACAAGGAAUUCUGUAAACUCAAUCAACUCUGCAAAGAGCUGCGGCAAGCUUGUGAGGAUUUGGCGGACGUCAUUCACCCGAAGGACCCCGAUAAUUUUGAUCAAAAUUUAUUACAAAAAUAUCACCAGAUUUAUAUGAACGUUGUCGCCGCGUCUGAUAAGGAUAUGUGUAAUAUUAACGAGGUCUGCCGCCAUGGUAUGAAGAAAACUAGGAUACCAUAUCUAAGGAUGUGUUACAUGUACUGUAAAACUGUGUCUCAGUUGGAACUCGAAGACAGUCGUGUGGUAGAUAACGGCACUCCGGCGAAUGUGGACUUGCCCUAUUUCGCAGUCUUAGAACGACAACUUCAUGAUAUAUUCGGGAAGAUGAUCCACGGUAACAAUGUUCCAGUGACGAAUUUGGAACCGAUAUCGAAGAAAUUAAAUGUCAAUUUAAUACCAAAACUGAUUCUGACUUUCUGUCCGACUAUAUCUUUAGCCGAUCCUCACAAGGAAGCCACAGAGGCGAACUUUAACAAUCUACUUCAAGUCGUUUAUGACUACAAAAAUCCGGAAGAAAAUUUGUUUUUAGAUCCGGUAGCAAAUUUUGCUCCAGCGCCCCGCCCUCCAGACCCGCAAUGUCUCACAUACGUCGUAUUACAUAACUGGGUGUUGGCGCACUUAGUGAAGAAGAUCCACACGUCACCCCAUGACAAUUCUCUGCAGCAGAGUAUCGAUGCGCGCACCAAAGUUUUGAACAAUUACAUGGAAUUAGAAAGGUUUAAUUGUACCAAAGUUUUAUUUGAUGGCAAUAAAUACCUAGCGUCUCUGCAUAGUAGCAUUGAUUUAGACAAGCUGUUUCCGUAUAUGCGGCAGCUAGUGGAACAAGGCAAGAUCCUUAAAUGUCUGAAACUUAUUGAGGCUCUGUCUGAACGCCAGCAGAUGUGCAGUGCCAACCUCUGCAAUCUAAGAGAUUUAAUACUUUUCAAGCUUUCAACAAAUCCAAAGAUGAGCAGCAAUUGGAAAUACUGCCAAUAUCUGAAAUGCCCGGAGUUGAAAGUUGAUCUCGUUCUUAACAACUUGUCUAAUUGGCCGGCAGAUGGCGCCUUGGAAGUAUUAGAUUAUUUACGAUUUCUGCUAAAUCAGGAAGUUUUAGAGGAAGGAUUGCAUAAAAAGUGCACUGAUUGGAUGACAAAAAUUCCGUUAUACGAUCAGAUAGCUUCGAUAAUGGGGGAGAGUCCCGGCACGAGGCGGCAUUGGUACGACAUUUACGAGAAGUCUGUCAAUAACCCCGAGGAGAUUAUUGAGGUCCUUCUGGAUAGUCAACAGUUCAAGUUAUGUUUAGAAUGGGCCGAUGUCCAAGGGGUAUCUGAAAACAUGAAAAAUCUCAUUAUAAUGAACCUACUGCGUCAACUAUUCGAGUACACCAACCAGGCGACUCCCGACUUCGUGGCGGAGCUCCUUCACAGGCUCCCCGAGAAACAGGCGACCGACCUCAUCCAAGAAGAAAUGGCCAAAGUCAGAAACGUAGAAAUCCUACAAGUGUGCGUAGACUUCAUCUCGGAAAAUUCGUUUGAUUGGAAAACGUUCGAGAACAUAAAAAUCGGACUCCAAAUAAUGCUAGAAAUUGACGUGAACAUGAGAAACAUGUUUUGGGAUCUAAUCGAGAAGCCAUUGCUGAUGAUCGAGCAGUUCCUUAUGAACGCAAAGUUGGAAACCCUCGCCGUUAUCAUCAAUAAGCUCUCGCCAAAUUUGAAGAAAGACCCGAAUGGCGACAAUUUGUACUAUAACAUGAAGACGAUAGAGAAUCUUGUGAUAUCAAGGAACGCUGUGGAUGCGUUGUUAAGGUUUUACGCUGAGAAAGCUUUGGAUAUGAAGAACCCUAGAAGUAUUACUGCACCGCCGAGGCCAUCAGACGAUUCGCUGUUGCAGUCCAUAGACUCGAUAAACCUAGAGGCGGCGUCGAUGCCGUUCGUGAUGCCGGAGCAAGUCCCGAGUAAACAGCAGUGGGUGGAGGACUACUCUACGGACCGCUGUAUGCUGUGCCGCACGUCUAUAUUCUCUAUGAUUAUAAGGAGACAUCAUUGUAGACGGUGCGGGAGGCUGGUCUGCCACGCGUGCUCCACUCACCGGAUGCAGGUGCCAACAUACCCCAGCGGCGUGAAAUUCCGCGUUUGUGACGAUUGCUACACGCAGACGAUGAACAAGCGGUCCUCCGCCGACCACGACAACCUGCUGCUGAGCAGCAACUCCGACUCGGCGGCCAGCGGCGUCACGUGCAUGGAUUGGUGCCUUUCUACAAAUAGCAGUAAGAACGAAGCAGUGAGGACCGAGUUCAGUUACGAGUUCACACCGAAUGUGACGCUCUGUUUAACCAUCAUGAAGAUGCAUUCUAUCAACCUGGACUAUCCGAGAUUUCUUCUGGACCGGAGCGACGAAAUAGCCCGCGAGUUGUCCGGUGGAGGGGACGCGCGGCUUUUGGUGCGUGCGCGCCGCUCUUUAUUGCUGGCCGCCGCUGAGCUAUACUCUAGGACUCCGCAUGAGAAAGCGAGCAUGCGCGUAGCAGAGACGGGCGCGGCGCACGCGGCGCGCUGCCUGGCGCACGCGGACGCCAUGGCCACGCUCGUGCGGCACCAGGCGCAGCACCUGGUGCCGCACCACGGCGCGCCGCCCGCUCAAAUAGUGCGCUCCUUACUCGAAGCCGAGAAAUGGGAGCUGGCAUUAGAAAUAGCGACCAAAUCGGGUUUACCGCGCAACAGCGUAUUGGCCGCAUGGGGGAAAGCGUGUCUGAAGGCGGGAUGUUUCAAACAAGCGCGGGAGAAAUUUGCUCAUUGCUUCAAAAGCAUCAAUGUAUGUGUAGAUGUCGCCGAAGAUUGCGAAUACGGGAAAGAAGCGGCUGAAGCUUUGAAUAGAAGGGUCAAUAGUUUGAGGUAUUCCGAGAGGUCGGAUCGAUCUUCGAUGUCGAGUGUGUCGGACAGUCGGCCUCGGACUAAUCCGCCGCUGCUCAACGAAAUCAUAAGUCUGAUUGAAGACAUGAACUAUCCGGUAAAUCAACAGUUACUGCAGAAAGCGGAGACAAUAAAGACAACCAACGAGAAACUAACGACGAUGAACAUGAACAAAAAGAAAAUACAAGUUAUAGAGCCGGCGCUUAAUAUAAUGCACACAUUGGCCAGUGUGAAAAAAAUAAAACUAGGCGACUACAGCGAUUUUCAAACGGCUUUCAUACAGCCUAAAAAAAGUUUAGCGCAAGGCUUGUUACGGCGAAACAGCCACCAUCCAGAGCCGAAAAAUAAUAACCAAUUAAAAAGACUGGACCCGUUCUUUUUUAAAGAAUGCGUUUAUUAUUUGACUAAUUAUGGAUCUCAUGUAGCGAACAUACUAUUUUAUAUGAAGCAUAGCAAUAUGGCAGAGGUGUUAAAAUACUGUUAUGACAAUAUGGUGGAUAAAGAGACAUUUACGGAGUCAGUUUACAUGGAGUGUUUGAAGCGGGACAAGGUUAAUGAGUUGUUGAAGGCAAUGUCAGAUGUGGACAGUACGCUGAAGAUGUGGGCGGAAUAUAUAAUGCACAUUUGCCGUACACUAGAGAUAAGCAAGCGCCUAGAAGCGCUGUACGCUGUGCAGUGCGGCAGUGCGCAACACGAACGCGCGUGCGCCACUUGCGCGUUGUUAUAUUCGCGACCCGUGCCGCGAACUCCGGCGCCGUUUGCGGCGUUGCUACCUCGGCAGCACCAUCUGACGGCGGCGUUGCAUCAUUUACAGCAGUGUGUGCCGGUAUCAACGAAAAUCAACGACCCAAAAUCGUUUCAAUUCCGCCUAGACAAGGCCACUAUAGACAACCUGAUGACCACAAUAUCUCGCCAAAUAGAGCUCGCGAACUUUCUAGCUGCUGCCGAAGCCAACGGCAGACUCAACGAGAAAGUAGUCAAUGAGGUGAUUCCAUUGCCACACGCAACGGAGGAGGAUAGCAACGACAUAAGGCCGCUGACCUUGUUUGGGUCCAACAUGGAUAAAAUGAGACUGGUGGCUAUCGUGUUAGCGACGGGGCCGUCCAUUGAGGCGGGAUAUGAAUUGGCCUCCAAAAUAAUAACUGAACAUAAGUUGGACUCUAUGAACAUAACCACACACGUCGCAAAGUAUCUGGUCCACGCGGAUAGGUUCAUGGAAGUAAAGACUUUGGCCAAAUGCAUCAGGGCGUCGAAAGAAACUGGCGCAAACUUGAUGAGUGACCAAGUACUGGAGUGGGGAGUGAGUGCAGUGGUGACGCGGUGCGAGUCUCGCGGACAACUCUACGACGAGCAAGCGGAAGUCCUCAUCAGCGAUAUCCACAGUGUUGCGGUUAAGAUAUCCUGUUACCUCGUGUGCCACAACGUCAGUAACGCGUACAUCCUCGCCGCGCGGCACGACAGGACCAACGACCUGCGCAAAGUUCUGCAGGAGGCGGAACGACUCGGCAACGACCAGGUGCGGAACGCCUGUCUCAAGAGACUCACCUCCAAGAACAUGCUUUAAGUGAGAAAAUAAUUAAGGUGCUUGAUUGUGAUCCACAUUAAUUACCAGUUUUUAAGUCUGGAACAUCAGAAUACAAAUUGGUCAAACGAUGUUGCAAGGAUCAGGUGAGGAACACUUCGCUCAAGAGAUUUCCAAGAAUGUUGUUUGAAUGAGAAAAUAAUUUACAGACAACACAGAGUCUAUCGAUUAUUUAACAAUCGAUGAACUAUUUUACUUUUUGAUAGCUCAAAUUGAAACGGAAGCAGUUGGUAAUUUCUUACCUACCUGCUUUGAAAAUUUAAAAUUUGAAGAUAGACAAGCCCAAAGUUGAAAUUGUGAUAUUUCAGGUUUCAAGAUCAUGUUUGAGAUUGUGAUGUGAACAGCUACAUAACCAGUUAAUUAAUCCCACAGAACCAUAGAAUUCGAAAAAAUAAUAGUUGUAUUUCCAUGACUAUAACUAGUCAAUCUGUCUUUUUAAAGAUUUAGAUAUGUAUUUUUAUAGAUUUCAGUAAUUUAUCUAAAGAUUGGAUCAAGGACUAAUUAUUUAGGAAAUGGAAUUUGCAUCAUUUAUAAAUAUUAAAAAAGCCAAAAUAUGGGCUUCUUUUGAUUUGAUAUUGGUAUGCUUUCUAUUUGUGUUCAUAAGUUAUAAUUUGUAAAAAAAAAGGAGUGAGGAGUCCUUAAACAGGUACCUUUCUUGUCUUUUAAAAAGAAAUCCUCUUAAGAAAUAUUUUAUGACAAGUACAUACUCAUGUUAAAAUAUAUUAAUUGUAUACUAUAAAUUAACACAUUUUUGAUUUUUGUUGUGAUUCUUUAAAAAAGUCUAAAGUCAUAUUAUAAAGUAUUUGCCCAUUGUUAUGUUUGAACCAAGUCAUUAAGAUAUUAUUGUGUAGCAGUAUUUAACUUCUUGAAGUAUUUAUAAUUUUUAUUGCCUUUGUUGUGUGAAAAAUUGUUUGCAUGCUAAAAUUGAAUGGGAUAUUAUUAUAAUAAUUACUUGGAAAUAAUUAUAAUUAUUGUAUAAGAAUAAAUGAACUGAGCAUUAUAAACAAAGAUUAUAAAUUAAUUAUUGGAGUAUAUAAUGGUCUCAUAUUGUGAUAUCAAAUGUAUAUUAUUUGUAAUUAACUGAUUUCUAAUUGUUAUAUCUAGACACAUUUU